UCUCUCUCCCCCGACUUAAAUUCUCCCUUCAAAAACAAAGCAAGUUUAUGAUUAGUAGCAGUAUGUAGAGUCUAACAAGUAGGACAAGUUGAAGAAUGCACAUACUGUAGUUAAACAAUAUCAAUAAGAUGUUAGAGGAAGGAGAUGAUUUAGUCACAAUCAAUGGUACUCUACAGGGACACAAUAAGAUGUUAGAGGGAGGAGAUGAUGUAGUAACACUCAAUGAUACUCUACAGGGACACAAUAAGAUGUUAGAGGGAGGAGAGGAUUUAGUCACAAGCAAUGGUACUCUACAGGGACACAAUAAGAUGUUAGAGGGAGGAGAUGAUGUAGUCACACUCAAUGGUACUCUACAGGGACACAAUAAGAUGUUAGAGGGAGGAGAUGAUGUAGUCACACUCAAUGGUACUCUACAGGGACACAAUAAGAUGUUAGAGGGAGGAGAUGAUGUAGUCACACUCAAUGGUACUCUACAGGGACACAAUAAGAUGUUAGAGGGAGGAGAGGAUUUAGUCACACUCAAUGGUACUCUACCGGGACACAAUAAGAUGUUAGAGGGAGGAGAGGAUUUAGUCACAAUCAAUGGUACUCUACAGGGACACAAUAAGAUGUUAGAGGGAGGAGAUGAUGUAGUAACACUCAAUGAUACUCUACAGGGACACAAUAAGAUGUUAGAGGGAGGAGAGGAUUUAGUCACAAGCAAUGGUACUCUACAGGGACACAAUAAGAUGUUAGAGGGAGGAGAUGAUGUAGUCACACUCAAUGGUACUCUACAGGGACACAAUAAGAUGUUAGAGGGAGGAGAUGAUGUAGUCACACUCAAUGGUACUCUACAGGGACACAAUAAGAUGUUAGAGGGAGGAGAGGAUUUAGUCACACUCAAUGGUACUCUACCGGGACACAAUAAGAUGUUAGAGGGAGGAGAGGAUUUAGUCACAAUCAAUGGUACUCUACAGGGACACAAUAAGAUGUUAGAGGGAGGAGAUGAUGUAGUAACACUCAAUGAUACUCUACAGGGACACAAUAAGAUGUUAGAGGGAGGAGAGGAUUUAGUCACACUCAAUGGUACUCUACAGGGACACAAAAAGAUGUUAGAGGGAGGAGAGGAUUUAGUCACACUCAAUGGUACUCUACAGGGACACAAUAAGAUGUUAGAGGGAGGAGAUGAUGUAGUCACACUCAAUGGUACUCUACAGGGACACAAUAAGAUGUUAGAGGGAGGAGAAGAUGUAGUCACACUCAAUGGUACUCUACAGGGACACAAUAAGAUGUUAGAGGGAGGAGAUGAUGUAGUCACACUCAAUGGUACUCUACAGGGACACAAUAAGAUGUUAGAGGGAGGAGAAGAUGUAGUCACACUCAAUGGUACUCUACAGGGACACAAUAAGAUGUUAGAGGGAGGAGAUGAUGUAGUCACACUCAAUGAUACUCUACAGGGACACAAUAAGAUGUUAGAGGGAGGAGAUGAUGUAGUCACACUCAAUGGUACUCUACAGGGACACAAUAAGAUGUUAGAGGGAGGAGAAGAUGUAGUCACACUCAAUGCUACUCUACAGGGACACAAUAAGAUGUUAGAGGGAGGAGAUGAUGUAGUCACACUCAAUGGUACUCUACAGGGACACAAUAAGAUGUUAGAGGGAGGAGAAGAUGUAGUCACACUCAAUGGUACUCUACCGGGACACAAUAAGAUGUUAGAGGGAGGAGAUGAUGUAGUCACACUCAAUGGUACUCUACAGGGACACAUCAACUCACAGGCUGGUAAAACACAUCAUAAAUGUGAUGUGUGUGGUAAAGAAUUUUCCCAAGAUAGUUACUUAAAGACACACUUGAGAACACAUACUGGUGAAAAACCAUACAAAUGUAAUGUGUGUGCUAAAGAAUUUUCCCAAGAUUGUUUCUUAAAGAUACACUUGAGAACACAUACCGGUGAAAAACCAUAUAAAUGUAAUGUGUGUGCUAAAGAAUUUAGUCAAAGUAGUUACUUAAAGACACACCUGAGAACACAUACUGGAGAAAAACCAUACAAAUGUAAUGUGUGUGCUAAAGAAUUUAGUCAAAGUAGUCACUUAUGGAGACACUUAAGAACACAUUCAGGUGAAACAAUUAGUAAAUGUGAUUUUUGUUCUAAAGAAUUCUGUCAAAGUAGUCACUUGAAAAGACACAUAUUAAGAACACAUACCGGUGAGAAACCAUAUAAAUGUGAUGUUUGUGCUAGAGAAUUUAGUCAAAGUAGUCAAUUUAAGAGACAUGUCAGAACACAUACCGGUGAGAAACCUCAUGAGUGUGAUGUUUGUUUUAGAAAAUUUAAUUUAAGUAGUGACUUAAAGAAACAUGUCAGAACGCAUACCGGUGAAAAACCUCAUGUAUGUGGUGUUUGUUUUAGAAAAUUUACUUCAAGUAGUGACUUAAAGAGACAUUUGAGAACACAUACUGGUGAACAAUCUCAUGUAUGUGGUGUUUGUUUUCGAAAAUUUAAUCAAAGAGGUGACUUAAAGAGACACAUGAGAACACAUACUGAUGAAAAACCUCAUGUAUGUGGUGUUUGUUGUAGAAAAUUUAAUCAAAGAAGUGACUUAAAGGGACACAUGAGUACACAUACUGGAGACAAACCACAUGGCUGUGAUUUAUGUGGUAAACAGUUUAGUUAUCGUAGGAGUUUACAGAGUCACAUGAGAACUCAUACAGGCGAAAACAAUCAUCACUGUGAUGUAUGUGGGAAAGUGUUUAGUCAGCAUGGUAAUUUACAGAGUCACAUGAGAACACAUACUGGUGAUAAACCUUUUGACUGUGAUGUAUGUGGUAAAGGGUUUCGUCACCUUGGUAAUUUACAAACUCACAUGAGAACACAUACAGGGGAGAAGCCUUAUGACUGUGAUGUAUGUGGUAAACUGUUUAGUCGGCUUGAUAGUUUAAAGAGACACAUGAGAAUACAUACUGAGGAUAAAGCAGACAACACUCACAUCAAGAUGUCUGUCGUUCCAGUUCAAUGUUUAAACAAUAUCAAUAAGAUGUUAGAGGGAGGAGAUGAUUUAGUCACAAUCAAUGGUCCUCUACAGAGACACACCAACACACAGGCUGAACACAUACCGGUGAAAAAAUUAUAUAAAUGUAAUGUGUGUGCUAAAGAAUUUUCCCAAGAUAGUUACUUAAAGACACACUUGAGAACACAUACAGGUGAAAAAAUAUAUAAAUGUAAUGUGUGUGCUAAAGAAUUUAGUCAAAGUAGUUACUUAAAGACACACUUGAGAACACAUACCGGUGAAAAACCAUACAAAUGUAAUGUGUGUGCUAAGGAAUUUAGUCAAAGUAGUUACUUAAAGACACACUUGAGAACACAUACCGGUGAAAAACCAUAUAAAUGUAAUGUGUGUGCUAAAGAAUAUAGUCAAAGUAGUCACUUAUGGAGACACUUAAGAACACAUUCAGGUGAAACAAGUAGUAAAUGUGAUUUUUGUUCUAAAGAAUUCUGUCAAAGUAGUCACUUGAAAAGACACAUAUUAAGAACACAUACCGGUGAAAAACCUUAUAAAUGUGAUGUUUGUGCUAGAGAAUUUAGUCAAAGUAGUCAAUUUAAGAGACAUGUCAGAACACAUACCGGUGAGAAACCUCAUGAGUGUGAUGUUUGUUUUAGAAAAUUUAAUUUAGGUAGUGACUUAAAGAAACAUGUCAGAACGCAUACCGGUGAAAAACCUCAUGUAUGUGGUGUUUGUUUUAGAAAAUUUACUUCAAGUAGUGACUUAAAGAGACAUUUGAGAACACAUACUGGUGAACAAUCUCAUGUAUGUGGUGUUUGUUUUAGAAAAUUUAAUCAAAGAGGUGACUUAAAGAGACACAUGAGAACACAUACUGAUGAAAAACCUCAUGUAUGUGGUGUUUGUUGUAGAAAAUUUAAUCAAAGAAGUGACUUAAAGGGACACAUGAGUACACAUACUGGAGACAAACCACAUGGCUGUGAUUUAUGUGGUAAACAGUUUAGUUAUCGUAGGAGUUUACAGAGUCACAUGAGAACUCAUACAGGCGAAAACAAUCAUCACUGUGAUGUAUGUGGGAAAGUGUUUAGUCAGCAUGGUAAUUUACAGAGUCACAUGAGAACACAUACUGGUGAUAAACCUUUUGACUGUGAUGUAUGUGGUAAAGGGUUUCGUCACCUUGGUAAUUUACAAACUCACAUGAGAACACAUACAGGGGAGAAGCCUUAUAACUGUGAUGUAUGUGGUAAACUGUUUAGUCGGCUUGAUAGUUUAAAGAGACACAUGAGAAUACAUACUGAGGAUAAAGCAGAUAACACUCACAUCGAGAUGUCUGUCGUUCCAGUUCAAUGUGAGUGAUGAUAUUUACAUAAACACACGAGAACACAUACUAGGCAAAUCAAGGAAAAUCUAAUUUCGUACCAAAUUUCAUGAAUUCAGACUUGCA